CCGAGGACGCUCGUGUCCCUGUCCCGAGCCGACGGACCGACGCGUUGCCGCGCGGUCACGUCGCGUCGCCUCAUCUCCCAGCCGUCGGACGUGUUAUGACCGAACGAACGCGAAAACCCACGCGCACACAGGAGUGCGCAUGCGUCUUCCGGGAUCGGCUCCAACGAGCAGUCGGUCUAAAGCUGCGGCGGUCCGCGUCAGGAGCGGGGGGCUUAAAUCCCGCUUUGACGUCUCGACGAGACAUUUGCCAUUUUGCCGCUGCCUCUUCGUUCGCUCCGCACGAACCUCGUCCCGCUGCCGUCUGUCACUAUGAUAACGAGCGCUGCACGGGCAGCCCGCGUGCCUCCCCCCCCCGUGCAGUCGGCCGUCUUGUUUACAUAAGUCGCGGCUUAAUUGAGUUUUCAUCGCCUCCUUCCCACGUCGCUGCGUCAAACGCCAUGUACACGGAGGAGGACGAGGGGGGCGAAGACCGCGACUCCCGGGAGGAGUGGACCCUGCUGUUUUGGACGUCGCUGGCCGUCGUCGUGCCCGUUAUCAUCACGCUGUGGUGCAGCGCCCAGCGCUCCAAACGGAAGAUCCACAUGAAGGACUUCUUCCGCAAGAGCAAGCACGGCUGGCACUACACGGACCUGUUCAGCAAGCCCACGUACUGCUGCGUGUGUUCCCAGCACAUCCUCCAGGGAGCCUUCUGCGACUGCUGCGGGCUGUGCGCCGACGAGCCCUGUCUGCCGCGGGCCGACCGGAGCCAAGUGUGCAAGGAGAUCACGGCCCCGAGUCGGCCCGACGGCACGCUGGAGCACCACUGGGUCCGAGGCAACGUCCCUCUCGCCAGCUACUGCGUGGUGUGCAAACAGCAGUGCGGGACGCAGCCCAAACUUUGCGAUUUCAGGUGUGUGUGGUGUCAGAGCACAGUGCAUGAUGACUGCAUAUUUGGCCUGGCGGAGGGGGACCGCUGUGACCUGGGCGAAUUCCGAAGCCUCAUCAUCCCUCCCAAUUAUCUCCACCAUGUCAACAAGCUCCGCCGUAGACACCCGGAGGAGUUUAGCAAGCUAGCAUCUUCCUGCGGUAGCGGCUGGACUCCGGUGCUGGUCCUGGCUAACACGAGAAGUGGUAACAACAUGGGGGAGGCUCUUUUGGGAGAGUUUCGCACCAUCCUCAACCCCGUCCAGGUGUUUGACCUGUCAGAGCUGGCUCCCCCCAAGGCCCUCCAGCUGUGCACCCUGCUCCCACCCGGCAGCGUCCGGGUGCUGGCGUGUGGGGGAGAUGGCACCGUGGGCUGGGUGCUGGACGCCAUUGAUGCCAUGAAGCUCAAGGGUCAGGAUCAGUUCAUCCCAAGGGUGACCAUCCUGCCCCUGGGGACCGGGAAUGACUUGUCCAACACUUUGGGCUGGGGGGCUGGAUAUGCCGGGGAGAUCCCCGUGGAGCAGGUUCUCCGCAACGUCUUGGAUGCCGAGGUGGUCAAAAUGGACAGAUGGAAAGUGCAGGUAGCGUCGAAGGGACUCUACUUUCGUAAGCCAAAGGUUUUGUCCAUGAAUAACUACUUCUCGGUGGGGCCGGACGCUCUGAUGGCGCUCAACUUCCACACGCACCGGGAGAAAACGCCCUCCUUCUUCUCCAGCCGCAUCAUAAAUAAAGCGGUGUAUUUCCUCUACGGCACCAAAGACUGCUUGGUGCAGGAAUGUAAGGAUCUGGAUAAGAGGAUUGAGCUAGAGCUCGAUGGGGAGAGGGUGGCCCUGCCGAGCCUGGAGGGCAUCAUCGUCUGUAAUAUAGGCUAUUGGGGUGGGGGCUGUCGCCUCUGGGAGGGUAUGGGAGAUGAGCCCUGUCCCCCUACGAGGCUGGAUGACGGCCUGCUGGAGGUGGUGGGAGUUUUUGGCUCCUUCCACUGUGCUCAGAUCCAAGUCAAGCUAGCCAACCCUGUAAGGCUAGGCCAGGCUCACACAGUCAGGUUGGUGCUGAAGAGCUCCAGAAUGCCCAUGCAGGUAGAUGGAGAACCGUGGGCCCAAGGUCCCUGCACAAUCACCAUCACCCACAAGACCCAGGUUCUCAUGCUCUACCACAGCGCCGAGCAGACGGACGAUGACGAGGACGAGUCCAGUGCCUCAGAAACAGAGAGCCCCACCCCUCACGACUCGCCCAGGCCCCCGGGACCCGCACUGGCCCGGGCGUGA